AUUCAGUAUUCAAAUUUAGUGUCAACCUUCUCCUUAAAAUACAAAAAAAUAACAUUAGUCAAAAUCCAAAAAAACAAAACAUGGAAGCAGGAAAUUACUUCUACAAUAAUCAAAGACCAAAAAGUUGGCAGUUGGAUUCACAGCAAGAAAUGAGUAUCAUGGUUUCCGCUCUUAAUCAAGUCAUUUCCGGCAACGGCGGCGGCGGCGGAGGACAAGAACCACCUGAAGAUGGGUCCCAUUUAGUUUACGAGGCGCUUCGAAACCAACAGAGUUUCUCCACGUGGUCACCCCCAACAUCCGCCACCUCAUCAGGCUUCCCGCCAAAUUCCCAGAUUGAAAAUGCAGAAACUACUACCAGUAGCAGUAGUAACAACAGUGGAAAACAGAGGACUAGAAGGUAUAAUAGAAACAAAUACAGGGGUGUACGGCAGAGGCCAUGGGGGAAAUGGGCCUCCGAAAUCCGGGACCCGCAUCGGGCGGUUCGAAUGUGGCUCGGAACUUUCGAAACCGCCGAGGAGGCUGCUAGAGCGUACGAUCGAGCUGCGGUUCGAUUCAGGGGACCACGGGCCAAACUUAAUUUCAGUGUCUCUGAUUAUUUACCACAACUUGAAGAGUAUAAUCGUAAUAAUGUUCAUUACCGAAAUCAAGAACAGCAACAGAGGAGUAACAAUGGAAGUCCUAGUAAUCAUCAAGAAGUAGAAACGAGUGAGUUCGUGCAGAUAACGGAUGGUGAUGAACUUGAGCAUUGGAUGAAUGGCAUGAUUGAUGAUAGUCUUCCUUCUUUGUUUUACGGGGAAUCGCCAUUUGGAAGACCUGAGUUUUAGAAAUUUAUCAAGUUUGGAGUAUGACAUUUAUGUGUAUGAAGUAGCUAUGGAACACUGGAAGGGUUAUAUAUUUUACAUUCUUCUAAUGUUUUCUGUAAAAAAUUAAGUAUAGGAUUGGCAUUACAUGCAAUAAGAUUGCUUUUUCUCUA